AAGAAACAAAAAAACAAAACAAAACUGACAAAAUGAUUAAACAAAAUACCUAUAUGAUGGAUAUCUAUGGCAGUUCACCGCCAAAUAUGUACGAUUAUCAACCGAUAUUCGAUUUUGAUGAUAAUCUAAUGGAUAAUACAGAUCAAUUGCCCAGCAUACAGAGCGAUGUUGAGAAAGUGAAAACAGAUGAUUUCUAUGAUGAUUGCCUCGGUGAUGUAUUUGGCAAUUGUAUGGAGGACGAUGAUGUUAUAUGUUUUAAGAAGGAUUUACAAUUCGUUGACUGCAUGUGGUCGGCAACGGCAAGUUGUAGCAAAAAUGGCGGUGUAAAUAAUAAUAAUUCCAAUAAUUGUAAUGGCAAUGGCGGCAAUGGCAGCAACAACAAUUCUACACAAAUUGCAAGUGCCGCAUCAAGUUAUAGCGAAAGUGGAGCCCUGCCACCGGCUAUUGUGACGGGGACGACAUUGAUAACUGAUACAGAAGCGGCAUUAGCGGCAGCAUUGAGACUAGUGUCAUCGAACAGCAGUAAUUCCUCAUCAUCCACCUCAUCUUGCUCCUCCUCAUCAUCGUCAUCCUCCUCAAGUACAACAACACCGCCCAUUGUGAUCAAACAGGAACCAUUGGAUCCUUUUGACAUAAGCAGCAGUAACAAUAACCAACAACAACAACAACAGCAACAACGACGUAAAUAUAACAAUAGCUAUGACAAGGAAAAUAAACGCAAUGGAAGUGGUCAUAUUAAUGGCGGAAGUAAUGUUAAAUUCACUGAUAUACCACCCGGUGGUAGUCUAUUGCGUAAAAGUUGCCAAAAAUCACCAACAACUGGUCGCAACAACAACAACAACAACAACAAUUCAAAUGCCACAAAAUGUACACGUCCCGAUACUCCAUUCAGUCCACAUGAUGAGAUCUCAACCUGUAUUAAGGGUAGCAAUAAUAUAUCCUUAUCGGCAGCAUUAUCAGCCAGUGAUUUCAUUGAUCAUUUGAGUCGUGAGCUACAGAAUACGACGAAGAAGCGUAUUUCUUUGCCAUUUCAAUUGACACAGGGUGGAGGAGAUAUUAAUGAAGUGCUUGAUGUACUCGAUGAAUUGAGCUCUCAGCAACAAGAUACAAUUAUGACAACGCCGACAACAAUAACAACAACAACAAAUGGAUCAUCAUCAGGGAUCGGGUGUUCAUUAUCAUUGGCAAUCGAUGAUAGCGGUUGCAGUAGCAGCAAUUCAGUUAAUAUGACAAGUCCCCCCGCCACAUCAUCUGAUUGCGAUUCAGAUGGCGGUGAUUGUUCCAUGGGUGAAAAUUCCAGCUGUUCACGUGAAUUCUCGACAAGUUCAUCAAUGCGUUAUAAAAAUUUACGUCAUCACAUAAGCGACCAUAGUUAUACACGUUGCAACGAAAUGGCCGAUGAGCAUCCCCCAUUGGAGACACCUUCUGAUUCUGAUGAAGAAAUCGAUGUGGUCACUUUGACUGAUAAGAAGUUACCCACAAAUCCAUCAGAUCGCGAUCUGGGUGCCCUACAAUAUCAAGUUGCUCACAAAAUGAUUUGGAAUGGCUCAAAGAAAUUUUCACAUCCAUGCUAUGAAUUCUCAACACCAGCCAGCAUUAGUCCAGUCAAAUCGGUGGCAAAUCUAUCCUCAGCAUCAUCAUCAUCAUCUUCCUCCUCUUCCACAUCAUCGUAUUCGCCCAAGAAUGCAUACAAUUUUUCAAACGAUGAUUAUGACUUUGGGCAAUCAUCAUUAACAUCUGCAUUAAAGAUGCCAACAGCGGCGUCUGUGACAUCAACAACAAUGGGCAAGGGACGUAAACGUUAUUUUGUGAAUCUAACUGAAGCCAAUUCGGACGAAGUUCGUCCAAAAUUGAAACCAACCUCAUCAUCAUCAUCGUCGGCAUCGUCAACAACAUCGACGCCAAUGAUUAAUAAACGUUGUCGAAGCAAAAAGUUUGCUGCUUCCAACGCCACCAAUAGAAAUAACAAUGUUAGCCCAAGUAAUAUGGAUAUGGUCUUUCCAACAUUGGGUGGUGCGGCUAGCGGUGCUGGUGGUGUCAGUAGCAGUAGUAGCAAUAGCGGCUCUACAACACCCACACCUGCCAUGCUGAAGCGCCAAUAUAGUUUGGAUGAGGCCGAUACCAUCGAGAAGCGUAAUCAGCAUAAUGAUAUGGAGCGUCAACGUCGCAUCGGACUUAAGAAUCUGUUCGAAGCACUCAAAAAGCAAAUACCAACCAUUCGUGAUAAGGAGCGAGCGCCGAAGGUGAAUAUAUUGCGUGAGGCGGCCAAAUUGUGUCAGCAAUUGACCGAAGAUGAGCAUACAUUGGAGAAACAGCUGCAAAAGUUGAGGGAAAAGCAAAGGGCGCAUCAAGAAUUGCUCCAUCGAUUGCGUUCAAUGAAGACGGAAUGAUGAUAGCGAGUAACGUGUAACGAGUACCGAGUACCGAGUAGUGUGUAGCGAGUAGUGAGUAAAAAGAAUAUAAGGUAAACACACACAAAACACAAACAAACAAACAAAAACAAAUGAGUUAGAAAAAAGGCGGCGCCUAAAUCGCAAAUUUUUGAUAGUUUUAUAUAUGUGUAUAUAUAGAAAAGUUAUAUAUAUAUAUAUAUAAUUACAUUAUUGACAUAACCUUAACCCUUACCCCAUUAACUUCAAUAUCAGUUAGUAAGAGCAAAAAGAAUAGAAAAACAUAAGCAUGCGGGAAUACAUAUUAUUAAUUUUAUAAAAUU